AUGCUUGGGUCCGAGCCCGCGCGGUUGCUGGUGUGCCGGGCGGGCAGCGGCAAGGUUGCCGCCCUCCCCGUGGUGCCUGCCACUCUGGGUGCUGCCAUCUCGUCCAGGAGCGCCAUGGCAAUCGUGGCCGAUACCAGCGGUAGAGGCGACGAGUACUUCGUCGGCCACCUCUUCUACGGGACGGCGCCCUCGUCUUCCGCACCCGGGCCAGCACCCCCGGCUUCCGCGCCGUCCUCCUCCACCUCGUCCUCGUCCGUGCCCGGGAUCAUACCUGCAGCUUCCGCCCGGUCCUCCUGCGUCUCGUCAGCGGCCGCGCUCGGGUCCGUGCCCGCCGCUUCCGCGCCGUCCUCCUGCGCCUCGUCGUCGGCCGCGCCCGGGCUCGUACCCGCAGCUUCCGUGCUGUCCUCCUCCGCCUCUUCGGCAACCGCGCGUCCACCAACAGCGCCCAUGCCACUGCCCCCAUCUGCGCCUCCCGCGCCUGCUCCCACGGGGCUUCAUCUGCGUCUUCUGGGUUACGAGAGCGCGGCAAACACUUGGGGCUCGAAGGCCGUCGGCAUCACGAUACUUAGCUUCCAUCCUGACUGCGUCGUCCCGCACCGUGGGAACCUCGCCUUCUUCGACCUGACAUGCGGGGUAAUUGUCUGCUCUCCUGUGGUCACGCACGUUCGUCAAUUUCCCAAUUCCCGGCCGGGCCACUACAGAUUUUGGGAUUGGGAUGCGGCGGUGCUUUGCUCGAAGCGAUGGGAAGCUGGUGCUGCUUGUAAUCCAUGA